AUGAAAAUUUUUAGAAUUUAUUUAGUUGGAGAAUCCAAUAGUGGAAAAUCAUCCAUUCUUAGAGCUUAAUAGAACUAGCCAUUUAAUUUAAACAUUUCUUAAACUAUUGGUAUCGAUAAUUGGAGUUUUAUAAAAAAUCAAACAAAAUUUAAGAUUUAUGACACAAGUGGAUUGAAGAAAUUUGAAUAGGCAACUAUAUAAGGCAUGAAAAAUGCAAAUUUAAUUAUUAUUUGCUUUGACCUAUGUUCAAAUACGGCAUAUAAAGAUGUAGAAAAAUGGUUGAAUAUUGUUCAAACUUAUAAAUCAAUAACUCCAAUUAUAAAAUGGAUAAGUAAUUAUAAAAGAAAAAUGAAAAUAUAAAAAAAUUGA